AUGCUGCUGCCCCGACUGCUUCCCCUGCUCUGGGUGUGUGAGUGGAUAGCUGGAAACGACUUUCUUCUCCCUAGAAGCUGGAGAGACAUGGAGCAUACAGAUGAGAUAUUCAAGCUGAAAUUGCAGUCCAGCCUCGUAACAGUGCAGGAGGGUCUGUGUGUCCUUGUGCCCUGUACGUUCUUUGAGCCAUCCUUGAAACCAAGUUCCGACACUGUCUUUGGUUACUGGUUCCGUGCAGGAGCAGAUACAGACACUGAUUUACCAGUGGCUACAAACAACCCAAAUAAACCGGUGCAGAAGACUCAGAGCCAGUUCCACCUCUUUGGGGACCCAAGUACCAACGACUGCUCGCUGGACAUCAGAGAUGCACAGAGGAGUGACAGCGGUUCUUACUUCUUCAGAAUGGAAAAAGGGAGUGUAAAAUGGAAUUACUGCAAGAAUGAGCUCUCUGUGGAUGUGACAGCCCUCACUCACACCCCCAACAUCGAAAUCCCACAGACGUUGGAACUUGGCCAUCCUAGUAAAGUGACAUGCUCUGUGCCUUGGGCCUGUGAGCGGGGGACACCUCCCAUCUUCUCCUGGAUGUCAGCUGCCAUCACAUCCCUGGGCCCCAGGACCACCUUUUCCUCCAUGCUGACCCUCACACCCAGGCUCCAGGACCAUGGCACCAACCUCAUCUGUCAAGUGACCUUCCCGGGAGCUAAUGUGACUGUUCAAAAGACUGUCCAGAUCAAUGUCACCUGGAAAUCAGGGCCCCUGGCAGAGGUGGUUCUGGUGGCCAUGGGAGAGGCUGCUAUCAAACUCCUGAUUCUGGGGAUCUGCUUCCUCUUCCUCAGCACGAAAUCCCAAAGGAAGAAAGUGGAGCAGCCAGCAACUCAGGUGGAUUACAUAGAAACUGUCAUGGAUUAG